AUGGCUUUGCUCUUCCGAGGCACCAGCGUGAGUCGCGCGGCGCUAACGAGCGCGUCACGCCUGGCCAGCAGAUUUGGUCACGAGCGAUCAGCUGCUGCACGUUAUAUGAGCACACAAGCAGCCCGAGCAACGCUCAUAUCUAGCGACCUCAUCACGGCUUUUGUAAACGCCAAACCGCCACCCGAACUGCAGCGUCUGCAGCUUAAUCCGGCUAUUCUGACGCAACUUCAAACUCAAAUUCAAAGCCUUGGAAAUACUCCCAUUAGUCAGCGUGAUGCCUUUUACGUCGUUGACACGGCUGCAGUCGAAGAUCGCUAUAAGCUUUGGCACCAGUACUUACCCGAUGUGCGGCCAUAUUAUGCAGUCAAAUGCAAUCCAGAUCCAGUUCUGAUUCAAGGGCUAGCCCGCCUUGGAGCAGGCUUUGAUUGCGCUAGUCAGACGGAAAUCAGUUCCGUGCUUGAUAAUGGUGUUGCUGCUGACGAUAUCAUCUACGCCAACCCAUGUAAACAAGGCUCGCAGAUUGCUUUCGCGCAUGCGCAGGGUGUCGACUUGAUGACGUUUGAUUCGCAAGACGAACUCACGAAGAUUCAUAGAAUUAAUCCCAACGCCAAGCUUGUGCUUCGGCUGUAUGUGGACGAUUCGAAUUCCAUUUGCCGCCUUGGAACUAAGUUUGGGGCUAUGGUACACGAUGUACCAGAUAUUCUCAACCACGCCAAGGCUCUGAACCUUGAUGUGAUCGGUGUCAGUUUUCACGUUGGCAGUGGAUGCUUUAACGUUAAAGCUUACUCUGACGCCGUGGCUCGUGCUCGAAAAGUCUUCGACAUUGGCCACUCGAUCGGAUAUUUUUUUAAUUUGCUAGACAUUGGCGGUGGCUUUCCUGGAUCAGAUAACGGUCCAAUUCGAUUUGAAGAUUGCGCUCGCGAGUUGAAGAGAUCGUUAGCCGUGCAUUUUCCAAAGUCAAGCGGAGUACAAGUGAUAUCAGAACCUGGUCGAUUCUUCGCUGCAUCAACGCACACACUGGCCGUGAAUGUCAUCGGUCGCAAGGUGGCUCCCAAUUUUGAAAUCCCCGGUCAGCCGCCUGUACUGGCCAGCGCGGCAGCUGCUGCAGGGAAAGUACCUAAUUAUAUGUAUUUUGUGAAUGACGGAUUGUACGCGUCGUUUAACUGCAUGGUAUAUGACCAUCCGACUAUUCAUCCUGUGAUUUUAUCGGAUGCUGCGUCACUUCCAAUGCACAAGGCAAGUCUCUGGGGUCCAACCUGCGAUGGCAUGGAUUGCAUCAUGAAAGAGGUGGAACUACCUUUGAUGGACGUUGGUCAGUGGAUUCUAUUUCCUAGUAUGGGUGCCUACACAUGCGCUGCAGGCUCGGACUUUAAUGGCUUUCAGCGCCCACAAAAGAUCUACUUCGAUUCCAACUUCGUGGCAGAUGAUCAGCAGCAGUUUGUCCAUUAG